AUGACUCCACCCAUUGCCAUGGAGGCUUUAAUAGAGAGAGUUCACCAACACAUAAGGGUAAAGGAGAAUGGCGCCCGCGCCAAGGCAAAGUUUGACACGACAGCAAUGUUGGACAAAAAGACUUUGGCUAAGGUAAGCACAGUUGGACGGAAAAGCCAUCCGGACAACAAUAAUCAUAGUGGUCCACUGAAUGAUAAGGAUGCCAAAGCAAGGAAGUUGAAGGUUCGCACCGCUAUCACGACGGUUUUCAAGAAGCCCAUCUACCGAAUACUUAGCGAAAUAUAUGACGAACCCUUUGUUCGGUGGCUUGCCAAAUUGGGAGAAGCGCAAAGGGGCUAUGACGUGAGAUAUCGGUGCACCUUCCACGAUGAAAUUGUGCACCGAACUGAAAAUUGCACGCUAUUGAAGCAACACUUGAAGGAGUUGGUGGUGGUAGGACACUUGAACAGAUACAUCGAAGGGGGAGCACGGUCAACCCUUCAAGACCGCAACAUGCCAGAUGGCAUACCAAUAGACGGUCCACCUCAAGGCAUGAUAAAUGUAAUCCAUGGGAUCAUUGAGCCUGAGCGAGUUUGCGAGCUCAAAGGGAUUAUCAAAAAAACCGAACAGAUGAAGGAGGUGCUAAAUGUUCAAUUGACAGUGAAGAAAGGAAAGACAAAGGCAAAAAAUGUAAUCACUUUCUCUGACAGAGACCUACCAAGGUUGCAAAACCCCCAUAACGAUGAGCUGGUGGUUACUCUCCGAGUCAAGAAUUUUGACAUUAAGAGAUCCUGA